AUGCACGACAGGUUGUUCGCGGCGCGGUCCCGGUCUGACUCUGAUUUGGGUCUGGCUGUCGUCUACUCCGUCUUGCAGGUUUUUCUCACGCCGCGGCUGAAGAAGCAGCUUUGCCUUAGGUUCCAAAAUCUCAGGUGCUCUAAUUUUGUACUAAAGGCGAUUCGCAAACGCAGUACGGUGCGACUGCGGUUUAUUUUGAACACAGUCGUGAGUUUCAAGCUUCAAGUCUCAUACCGGCCACCACCGAAUCUGUCCGACUCGUUCGACAGACACGCUUUAAGGAACGGAGGUUCAUAA